GCAACGCGUAGAGGUGACGAGGAGGCAGCGGGACGAUGAGCGAAGAACAUUUACCGAGAAGGUCUUGGAGAUACGGAAGGACAUCAAGCUGGUGGAGCUGGACAAGAGGCAGGUGGAGGUGCGCUUAAAGCAGGCCGAAGGCCGCGUGCAGCGGAAGGACGAGCUUAUUUUGCCUCCUGAGGAGGAGGAAUUCUCGGAGCCCAGCAUGAUGCGCCGGAUCAUGAAGACGGCUUUCCUGAACUGCAUCCAGCGGCGCCAUAUCAA